CCACAACUCGGAUUGAAUAGCACCUGUCAUUCCUUUAAAAAAAUGUGUGAAUAAGUUAAACGUCAGUGCAUUCUCACUGAGUAACGGCAUCCCGUACAGCGUCCUAACGGCCCUUCCGUGCAAAAGUAGUGCGAGCGUUAUUUACGUCAGACGACGCGAGCAGAAAGCGCCCACUGAGUGUUGGCUCUGGAAGAGUGAACCGAAGUAAGCAAAAAGAAAAGGGAGUGAGCGAAAAAUCAGCGGUACAACGAGAAAAAUGAAGGGAGCAUUGUAAACGUAAGUCGUUCGGAUGUUCAGUGAUGAAGAAAUAGGUCCGAUGCAUUCUCCCGAAUUUCCGGGCAAAUUCCGUGAGUCAAAACCCCACGUCCCAUGAACCUCACCCACGAAAAAAGAUUUAAAAAAGCAGAGUUGCCUCUGAAUCCAAAUUGAGUCAUCAAUGCAGGGCAAAUAAGGAAAAAAAAAUCCGAAUAAUCCCGAAACCCCGGAAAAUGGAAAAACGUGGAUCGACGAGUGCUGAAAAAAUCGAAUCGACCUCAUAGUGAGCACGAACUGCAGACCCGGUGAUUCCCCAGAUCCAUAGAACCCCGCAGCAGAGAGAAAUCGUUCACGUAAAUAGUGUUUAUAUGUGUGUGAGUUAGUGUAUGAUAGAGUGGGCAAAAUGUGCUGCUCUGGAGGCACAAGCGGUUCGAGGAUGACCCGGUGCGGGGUCGUUUGUGGUCUGGCAGCGUUGGCAGCCCUCACCACUGCCCUUCUUGGACCAGCUUGGCUUCAUACUGAGGAAAAACUAUCGCUUCCACAUCUGCCACGACAGCUUGCCGUUACCGUCAGGUUCAAGCUUGGGCUGUUUAAAGUAUGUCCUAAGAUCGUCAAGCCACCGAAUGUCACCUUACAUGUCUCAACACCGUCAUGCACACGAGUGAGAUACAACAGUCUUGCCGAGGUGACGUCGAAGGAGUUGGGUAUCAGUCAGCCGAGCUUCAGUGAGCUGGAUUUUACACCCCUGGUUGUCUCUAAAAUGAGGAUAUCAGCACCAUUCCAGAUAGCAGCAGUAAUCCUGAUCCUAGCCGGGACAUUUUGUGCCCUCAUCGGGCACUGCUACGCCGAUCACAAAACAGUAAUCGCCUGCGGACUCUUUCUCCUCGGUGGACUUUCAAUGGGCUGUGGUCUGAUUGUCCUCGCGUCAGCAUUGUCGGAUGCCUCUUACGAGUCCCCGAAGAGAUACAGCCUCUCAUCAACAUCGAGUAAUUCCGAGGACAGUGGAUUGCCGCAGUAUCACUACGGAUGGUGUUUGCAACUUUCUGGACUUGCUCUUAUCCUCGCAGAAAUCGCUGCCCUCCUCACAGUCUCCGGGUACAUGGCGCGAUUCCCAACAGUCGAGGAUAUGGUGCGAGUGAUGGUGCCUGGAGCGGCUCGAAAAUUGAAUGAGCAACGUGGGUUAUCCUCCGAGUAUCUCGUUAGAGCUCAUCAGAAGUCUCCCGGCGCGUCUCAAGCAAGAACGUUUGAUGAACCAACCAAAGAUGUGAUUCUGGGGCCACAAAGGCUGACUGAAGAGGGCACGUCUUUGCUUUGCAAAUCAGCCCCCGAUAUAUGUGCAUCUAACCCUCAGGCGAUCAGCUACGUGGAGAAGGCCGAUCUCUCCCACAUGUUGCCAGCUUAUCCCGACGCUCAGGUGGUGGAUCCGCGCUUCACAUUCGUCGAUAAGGCAGAGCCGGGGGUCGUGGAUUCCCGGCUGAGCGGCUUCGUCGAUAAAGAAGGCCUUAUCGACUCCAGGAUUCUGUCCGACUCGAGGCAGAACAUGAUCGCCUUUACCGACAGUAAGGAACACUCGCUCGGACAAGAGCCGAGGUACGUCGAAUUUUGCACUGGUGUUAGAGUGGAAAAAUGUCCUAACGAUCUCAUGAAUCAUUCACCUAAUAUCACGGCUAUAUCCGAUGCUAGGCACGUGACAUAUGCUGACACCAAUCCCAAGGCUGAAACCCUCAUGGACAGUCCGAUGAGUUACAAUCGGUACAACACUCUGGCUGGACAGACUGUGCCGAUUAUGCUGAAGCACCACAACAGCCCCUCGGUUUCGGCCAUUCAGGCACAGGGGAUGUACCAAAAUUUCGGGACUAUUCAUGCAGGCAGUGUUCACCCGGGUACUAUGCACUCGGGGACCAUCCACUCGGGCAUUCUGAGGGUCUCGGAACCCGGCACGAGCUCCAGCUCCAACUCAAGUCAGCGCAGCAUGACCCUGCAGAACCCCAAGAGAAAAUCCCAGAUCGCCCAGAAUACUUUUAGCACGCUCGAGUGCGAGAAGAGGAAGACCCGUAAUCCCGGACUUCCUGGUAAAGCUGGGUUCUACACUGGAAGCGCUGUAUGACCACCACCACCGCCGCCAACCCCGAGAUAACUUGGCGAGAGCGAGUCUGAACUCUAAUUCUGUUUCAGUCCUGCUGAAUGGUCCAUCAGAGGGAGUGAAUUUGGGGGCUCGGUGUGGCGUGUCUCGUGGGAGGCUGGUGGUUUCUAUGUAAAAUUAAUGCAGUGGGGGACACUAGUGCACUGCCAAUUGCAGAGACUUUCUUAUGAUUAUAUUGUUACGAUAUUGAAAUAAGAAAAGCCAGUUCAAAUCAAAGUGUAGCGUGUUCCCCCUUCUAUUUAAUAUUGUAAAUAAAAGAAGAGGAAUAUCGAUCGAAAACAUCGAUCGUCACUUGGAACGGAAGAACUUCACUUCGACAGAAACCUCCUUCCUGUCAACUAUUCCUUGUUCUAAGAAAAUAAAACCGCCCUUUGAUUUGAACUGGCUUUUCUUAUUUCAAUAUCGUAACAAUAUGUACUGUUACGAUGAAGAAUGUGAUAAAUUAAGUGUGCUGAGUGGAAUGAGUCGUGUGUACAUAAGUAAUGGUGUACAAUGCAUCGAGGAAAGUAACUGUAAACUCACUUGGAAAUUACACUUUUGUAUUGAAGAAGAAUUAAUAAUGGAGUUUGGAGAUGAAUUGCGGUUGUUGAAUGAAUGGUGAGAGGUGUCUGAUAUAUUGAAUGUGAAGUGCUACAAGCAGUGAGAUGGACAUUUUGAAAAUGUCACUGUCAAGCCAAUGGAUGAUCCGAUUUGGGCCAGUUAGCACCUCAUGUUAUGACGAUUGUGGUGUCUCUUCCAAAUAAAGAGGAAUGAUGGUCGAUCGAUGGUGUAGUUGCAUCGAUAUUUAAUUUAUGUCACGCCUUGCUGUAAGUCGAGUGUAUCGCACGCUGCGCGCAGGACUUCUGCACGAUGUAACGGAAAAUAUUAUGGAUCACUUCGGCAUAAACUUCGUUCUCAAUGAAUGUGAGUACAAACCGCGCCUUUGGCUUGGCCUGUAAACUUCAUAUUCGCUGAAAACGACAUUUGUACCCUUGUACUAUAAUGUACUAUCAGAUGUCUCAAAGGGGUUGAAUUCAAAAUCAAUUCACUUCAAAUGUUUGAUAAGUUAAGAACUAAUAAAGAGUAACAUGAGGCGCCAUUCACGCAAAAUGAGAUGAUUCAUUGGUGAGAGCAGAAUGAGAAUGAGAGUAAAGUCGUAUUAUUAACAUUAGGUAAGGAUUAUUCGUCGUGAAACUGAUUGACAGGGUGCAUAAAUGAAAUGUUCAAUUAUUCUAACGGGAGAGACAAUACUGAAUGAAUAUUCUCAAAUCGAUCAAUAUAACUCUACGAUUCAAAUCCCAGAACAUAUCAAAGAGGAGCGACAAAAAUAAUGGGAGCAGUGUGCAAAAUAUUUUACGGCUAACAUUUAUGGGACAGGUUGAAUGAUGCUCUUUCCAAUUUUUCGCGUUUGCUGUCAUGUAUACAGUCCCCAUAAACAUGCGUAACGAGUGAUGUAUGAUAGAAUUUUGUUACUAUGCGAACGUUGUUCGGUCGUUGAAGGUAAAACGAAGUAUUGGGAAUCGAUGGUUAUCUGGGAGUGGGUGAAGUGUAUGUAAGUUUGCCAGCUAUUCAUAUUAUGUCAUGUAAUUAUAUCGUAGUUGAAUGUAAUAAAGAGGUUUCCUUAAUCA